UUUACGAACGUCAGUCGCGAGUCGCUGUGUAACUUUCUCAUUAAACGCCGCUUCUCGUGUGGGUGUUCUAUCCCGUGCAUUCCUUCUCCGUCGCAUUCUGCCGGACUCGAGUACAAGAUGUCGUCGGAAGAGCCGCUAGAGGUGGUGGCGGUACACAUGUACGAGAAGGAGAACGCCGAGACUCAUCACACCUUCAAUUUCGAGAUGGUGCAUCAGGAUCCGGCGAUUUCGAUCCUCCGACGCGGCCAACCCUUUAAUGUCGCCCUGAGGUUCAAUCGCGAGUACGUAGAUGAGACCGACAUCGUGCGGCUGCUCUUCAGCUUCGGCCCGAACCCGAACGUGCUGAAGGGGACCAGAGGCGUGAACACGGUUACCAACAGGGAGGCUUACCUCACUGACUUGGAGGCUUGGGGCGUCCGGAUGAUCGGCUCUCACGGGAUGGAUCUCUCCAUCGAAGUCAGGAGCCCUAUCGACAGCCCCGUUGGAGUGUGGCAGUUGAACGUGGAGACCAACACCCUCGGCAGAAAAAAGGCGCCGAAUACCUUCAAUUAUGAAAAUGACAUCUACCUGCUCUUCAACCCGUGGCUCAAAGAGGACUUGGUGUACCUGGAGGACGAAAAGCUACUCGACGAGUAUAUCCUCAGUGACGUCGGCAAGAUCUGGGUGGGUCCGUGGGGUAGUUCUCGCGGCAGGGAAUGGGUCUUCGGCCAAUUCGACGCGUGUGUGCUGCCGGCUUGCCAAUUGUUGCUCGAGAGAUCCGGUAUCAAGGCGAUUUCCAGGGGCGAUCCGGUCAAGAUGGUUCGGGCGAUCUCGAGAAUCGUGAACUCCAACGACGACAAAGGCGUGAUAACCGGCCGGUGGGACGGCGAAUACAGCGACGGUACCGCGCCGGCCGCCUGGACUGGUAGCGUGCCGAUCCUGGAGCAGUUCUGGGAGACCGGGGAGGAGGUCAAGUAUGGCCAAUGCUGGGUGUUCGCCGGGGUCGUCAGCACGGUGUGCCGCGCCCUGGGCAUCCCCUCGCGCGUAGUCUCGAAUCUGGUGUCGGCGCACGACGCCAACGCCUCGCUCUCGGUGGACCGUUACUACGACAUCAACAACGAGGAGCUCGAGUACGACCCGAACAACCUCAUGGGCGAGGACUCCAUCUGGAACUACCACGUGUGGAACGACGUGUGGAUGGCGAGGCCGGACUUGCCCAAGGGUUACGGGGGUUGGCAGGCGAUCGACGCCACCCCUCAGGAGCCCUCGGACAGCUUCUACCAGUGCGGCCCGGCGUCGGUGGAAGCCAUCAAGCAGGGUGCCGUCGGCUACAAUUACGACGUCACCUUCAUGGUGGCGUCCGUGAACGCGGACCUUAUGAGGUGGAAGGAGGACCCGGAGAGUGAGCUCGGCUACUCGAAAAUCGACUGCAACAAGUAUCACAUCGGCCGUAUGAUCUUGACGAAGGCGCCAUGGAUCUUCGAUCCCAACGGAGACAAGGACAGGCAGGACAUCACGUCGAUUUACAAAGCCAAGGAAGGUACCGAGGUCGAGAGAUUGACCUUGUACAGGGCGGUGCGCAGUACCGAGAUGGCCAAAAGGUUCUACUCGUUGCCGUCGCCGGGUAAGGAGGACGUCGAGUUCGACCUCGUCGAGCUCGAACGCGUGAAUAUCGGUGAGUCGUUCGCUGUGACCGUGAAUAUCAAGAAUAAAUCCAGCGAGUCGCGCACCAUUCAGGCCAUCCUUUCCGCCGGCAGCGUUUACUACACCGGGGUCAAGGCGCAUUUGGUGAAGAGAGCAUCCGGUGACUUCGUGCUGCAACCGAACGCCGUCGAACAAUUGAGGCUCACGGUGACGGUGAACGACUACUUGGACAAGUUAGUGGAGUACUGCAUCAUGAAAUUGUACUGCAUCGCCACGGUCAAGGAGACUCGGCAAACUUGGGCGGACGAGGACGAUUUCCAAGUCCUGAAGCCAAAUAUCGACGUUAAGAUCGAAGGUGAACCGAUGGUCGGGAAACCGUCGACCAUCACGUUGAGCUUCAGAAACCCCCUGAAGAUGACUCUGACCGACUGCCAGUUCAAUUACGCCGGGCCCGGUCUAUCGAGAAACAAGACCCUGGCGUUCCGCGACGUCGGGCCGGAGGAGGACGUCCACGUGGAACACCAGCUGGUGCCCCAGAAAGCCGGGGAACAGAAGAUAAUCGCUACUUUCGCCUCGAAGCAGCUGGUCGACAUCACCGGUUGCGCAACCGUCAACGUCCUUGACGCCGAGUGAACGGCCGGCUGCGGAACCUCGGAUUUUAAUUCGGAGCGGGCGCGUUCACUGUUUGAAUCACCAUUUUAUGCGGACUUUUACUACUUGCUUGAUGUUAUAUAAUAACAUUACCAAUGUACAAAACAGAAUUCUUACACUAAAAGGAGGAAGACGAGGAAAGCGAGGUGGUUGCUCGCAUUAAGCGGGGUCUGCAAUGAGAAUUUAAGCUCUAAGCCUUAAGAAAUUGAUCAAUCACAAUCGUAUUAUAGAAAAAUAAUCAAUUGUGACUGGUCAAUCUCUUAAGGUUUAGAGCUUAAAUUCUCAUUAUAGAUCUCGCUUUAUAUACGUAAACCCUAGUCUACAAUACAAUGCUUUAAGCCUUAAGAAAUUGACCGAUCACAAUCGAAUUAUAGAAGAAUAAUAAUCAAUUGUGAUCGGACAAUCUCUUAAGGUUUUAGAGCUUAAAUUCUUAUUGUAGACCCCACUUAAGUUUUGGUCUGCAAUAGAUACUUCAAGCUGUAACCCUUAAGAAAUUGACCAAUCACAGUCGAAUGUGGGAAUAAUCGAACGUGAUUGGUCAAUUUCUUAAGGCUAAAGGCUUAAAGCACCUGUUAUAGACUAGGACUAGUAUGGUCUAAGCGGCCUUCUCAAACUUUACAUCCGGAUUUUUACCCUCCCACAUAUUCGCACAUUUAUAUUUUUCCAUAAAACGUAGAACACAGAAUAAAAGCGAUGAACUAA